AUGCCGAAAAAAGAUCGACUACAGACACUAGACCCCGAACCCAUAGAUGAAAGAUCACCACUUCUACAGAAUGGACAACCAGCUUCUGGCCAUGGAGCUGCAGACGAGAACAGCCUCGAAGCGCAAGCGCUGCGCGAAGUGCGCGAAUACGGUGCCGGACAUGUGCCGUUAGCAGAAGAACCAAGCACAUUGAAGCUGCUUCGAACGAUGGGCAGUCUUUGGAUUGUGAGCUUUUUCGCGGCACUCGACACUACAGUUGUGGCAACAUUAUCAGGGCCUAUUACAAGCAGUUUCAAUUCUGGCACGAGUUUCUCUUGGAUUGCGAGUGGAUACCUGAUCGCAAAUGCAGCAUUUCAACCUUUAUCAGGGAAAAUGACGGACAUCUAUGGCCGUCGGGCCGGUCUCAUUUUUGCUUUCACGUUUUUCGCCACCGGUACCCUGAUAUGUGGUUUGGCUAAAGAGGCUUGGGUAAUGGUUUUGGGAAGGGUGGUGGCCGGAACUGGGGGAGGCUGCUUGAACACAGUAUCGGUGUUCGUCGCAUCUGAUCUUAUUCCUUUGAGGCGACGAGGAGUAUGGCAGGGGAUGGGAAACAUCGUCUUUGGUCUUGGUAUGGGCGCUGGUGGUGUCUUUGGAGGAUUCAUCAAUGAUACAAUCGGAUGGCGAUACGCUUUCUUCAUCCAGAUUCCAUUCAUUGUCUUGGGUGGCGUAUGGGGCGCACUUUCCAUCAAGAUUCCCGUCAAGGAGUCGGAUACGGCAAAGAUUAAACGAGUUGACUUCCUUGGAGCUUUCACCUUGGUCUCCGCUCUGGUCUUGUUCCUCCUCGGCUUGAACAGUGGCGGAAAUACCGUACCUUGGAAUCAUCCACUGGUCUACGUUUGCAUGCCCUUGAGUGGUGUGAUGCUGGCUGCCUUCAUUUUCAUUGAAGAUCGCGUUGCAAGCGAACCUAUCAUUCCCGUUCGGCUUUUGACUCACCGAUCUGUGGCAGCUGCUUGCCUCACCAAUUGGUUCAUGACAAUGUCUGUCUUCGGCCUCAUUUACUACGGUCCCAUCUUCUUCCAGGUGGUCCGAGGUGUCAGCGCAACAAGAGCUGGCACGCUUUUCAUCCCUCAAGCCGCAGGAACUGCUAUCGGCUCACUCGGCUCUGGAUUGAUUAUGCGCUGGACUGGCAAGUACUGGUGGCUGAACAUACUUGUGCAAAUCAUCAGCGUUCUUGCUGCAAGUCUCAUCCUUGCGCAAUUCGACGAAAACGUCCCGACCGUGCCUCCAUUUAUAUACCUCGCAAUGGAGGGCUUGGCUUAUGGAUCCAUGCUCACCAUUACGCUCAUCGCUCUGAUCAGUGCUGUUGAUCACAAGUACCAGGCUGUCAUCACCUCAGCCUCUUACGCCUUCAGAUCGACCGGAUCGAGCAUCGGCAUUACUAUAGCCAGUGCAGUGUUCCAAAAUUUGCUCAAAUCGCUGCUGUACGAUAGAUUUGGCGGCCAGCCUGGCGCAGCUGAUGAGAUUUCACGGAUUCGAGACUCGCCUGACUAUAUACGUGAGCUCCCUUCUGACUGGAAGGCGGGCGUCAUAGAAGCAUAUAUUGGCGCAUUGAGAGGAGUGUGGACAGUCGUGCUAGGCUUCGCGGUCCUGGCAGCGUUCGUGUCGAUGUUUAUAAAGCAGCAUGUCCUGUACAGUAGCCUGGACCGGAAGUAA